GGGGUGGGGAAUCGACCGAGUGGCUAACAAAAGUUGUGACCUUAGAAAUCAAUAUAAUUGGCGACACUUUUCAAAUUACAAGUCGUUUGCAAUCAUCUUGGGCUUGUGAGGAAAUCACAAGUCGUUUGCAACCAUCUCGGGGUAUUACUUUUUCUUUCGCUCUUUUCUUUGGUUUCCAAGCUCCAUAGGUUUUCAGAGAUUUCUCCCAACGUUUGUCAAUCCCGCUGCAAUUUAAUCUUCAAUAAGGAAAUCAAUAGCAAAAAUAUCUCCGACCAGUUGACCUACAUAAGGCGUGGUAAACAGAGUCAUGGCAACAACCAAAGGUCGAUGUAUGAAGAUCAUGCUAUUCCUUCAGCUUGUAAUAUUUUGUUGGUAGUUCGGUGUGUAAACUGUGUAAGGGGUUUUAAUGACCCUAAUAAUUUAGGUUGUUUUAGUUUUAGUAAGUUGUAAUAUGUAAACUUUCUUUAUUUAUGCAAAUUAAGCUUAUGUCAAAAAAAAAUAAGAAUGAGUCUUAAACGUAAGCUUGAGGGGGAAGUAGAGAUUAGAGAAAGUGUCUCUGAUGUCCUCCACGACUUGUGCAAGAGUAGACCUCACCGCAUUGCGCAUUCUGGCGCCUCUAAUUUCAUCCAGAGCUGUGACUUGCAUAACGGCGUCGUUGCUAAGCCCGGGUCGAUAUUUUCUUGGAAUUUCACUCUAGAUGGGAAGCCAAGAACUGCUAAGACUGAAAUUGAAGAGAUCAGUGAAGAGAAGAAGUUGGUAAGGCAAAAAUUGAUAGAAGGUGAUCUCUUUGAAGAGUACAAGAGCUUGGUAUUUAUAUGUCAUGUUGAACCCAAAGACCCAGAAACUAGCAUACUUAAGUGGAUACUCGAGUAUGAGAAGGUUCAUGCUGGUGUACCCGAGCCAUCUUCUUUGAUGGAUGCUAUGCUUGGUGCUGCCAAAGAUAUGGAUGAUCAUCACCAUGGUGUCAAAAAGUAAACAACAAUAACCAUAUGUACAAUCGGUUGUCAAAAACUCGUUUUAUUGUAACCAGUUGUACAUAGAAAAUUGUCAUAAUAUUUGCUUAUUUUGUAUUUUUGUUCUUUUGAAUUUCUGUUAUCAAUGCAUGCCAGAAUUAUGUAAGACUAAAUAAGGCAUGUGUUAGUUCAUUUGUUGUUAAGUAUCCGUGUAAUUUGUAUUAUGAUGGUUGUUUGAUUUAUAUGUAUGCUUUGUUGGAUGGCUA